ACUAAUGCCUACUGUAAAUUAAAUCAAUAUCAUAUUCUUAUCAACGAAACAUCUUGUAAAUUGUAUUGGAUAUUGUGGGUGAUAUCUAUUGGUCAAAUAUAUUAAAGUUAACGAAAGCCGAUAGCAAUUAAAUGUCAUCACGGAUUGUUGUUGAAAAAGCUUCCUUAUGUGCAAUUAACCGUAUAAUUUAAUUAAACACAAUACAUCACAUGUAAAAAUAUGUUUAGGUUUUUCGUUUGGUUCUAUAAUCUUUGUAAGGUUCAAAUUAUACCGAAAAUUAAACUAUUUUAAAAAACAAUGUCAUGUUAUGUUUUUAUUUUUAUCUUAAAUUUGUGACGAUUUUUAUAAUUAAACAAGAAUAAAAAAUUAAGGACUACUAAGAUAUUUGAGCUAUAUGUAUAUCCUUUCGACACAGAUGAAGUAUGCUCAAAUUAGUGUAACUUAAACAAAAUUUCAACUUGAAAAACUUCACGGAGUAAUUGUGUUUGAAAUAUAACACCUGUAAUAAUAACUUUCUUGUCAAAUGUCAAGUUUUUAUUUGGUCAUUUUAGUUUGUGCGUAUUCGUGUGAUAGUAUUUUUGUUACAUUUAAUGAAAGUGUAAUCGUUGGGAAAUAUUUUCGUACCAUUUUUGGGGACAAAUCUUACGCAGGAUUUUUUAACAUACCAUACGCGGAGCCUCCGUUAGCGGAAUUAAGAUUUAAGCCUCCGAUAGGUCCUAGAAGUUUUGAAAACUACAAAAUAUACGCAUAUGAUCAAGACACAGACCAAUGGAACGGGUUUACAGAGGAUUGUCUUUAUCUAUCAAUCUUUAUGCCUCUCUCGAAAAAUACGAAACCAGUCUUGGUAUGGCUUCAUGAACAUUCCUACUGGCAUGGUCCAGAUUUCUUUAUAGACGAGGAAAUAUUAGUCGUCACUGUUUCGUUUCGAACCGGAAUAUUUGGCUUCCUGAACACUGAAGAUGAAUUCGCUGAAGGAAAUCUAGGAGUUAAAGACAUACAGAUGUCUCUCGAAUGGCUCAAACACAACGUGAAUAAAUUUAAUGGGGAUCCUAAAAGUAUUACUAUAGUCGGUGCAGGUUUAGCGGCCACACCGGCAGCUUCGAUGCUAUUGAAUAUGGGUAAGGAAUUAUUUUCUAAAAUAAUUGUUUUAAGCGGCAGCGCACUGUCACCGGCUGAUUAUAAGAAUUUUAACUUUGAGAUUGCUAAUAAAUUAUUCAAUAGACUUGGAGAUCCACUUAAGAGAUUUAAUAGGAAAGAAUUAUAUGAACUGCUCAAGAACGGGACAACGGAUAAAUUGCUAUCGGCGUCUCGAGAACUUUUCGAUAGCACUGAAGUAAGAGAUAAUCAAAGAUUGAUUAAUCCAUUUGGAUGCUCCCUCGAGAUUGCUUCUAAGGAUCCAUUUAUGAAGUGGACACCUAUUGAAAUGUACAAUAGGAAAGCUGUGAACAAUGUGCCAGUUUUGAUUGGCUACACGAGUUUACCUUCGCUCUGCAAGAUAAGAGGUCUUGCUUCUAAUAGAGAACUUUUAAAGUACCUUAAUUAUAAUUUUCAAUAUUUACUGCCAUUCGAAGGGAGAGUGGACGAAUACAACUGCAAAAGAUACAAGAAAAUUAAGCAGCGCAUUAAGGAAUUUUAUUUUCUCAACGGUACAAUAACAGAGCGUAGUUUGAGGCGAUUCGCAAAAUACCUAUCGGACAUAGAUAUCUUCCCUUUGCUGAGACAAGCGAGUCUUCAAAGCGAUAUCUCAAGCUGUCCAGUAUAUUUGUAUAGAUUUGCGUUCAAGGGGUCUUUCAAUAUUGGCUGGAGAAAUUGCGUUCCCAAUUUAAAUUGGUCGGGAGCAAGUUUGCACGACGAAAUAUGUUACUUAUUCAAAUGCAAAUCUCUAAAUCAUGUCUAUAACAGAGCCGAGUCCAAUGAAAGGGACUUCAUUAAGAAAAUUGUGAGAUUAUUGGCGAACUUCAUUAAACAUGGGAACCCAACACCACACGACAAUGAUGAAGUAUUGAAAAAUAUUCAAUGGAUGCCUUUGAGUAAAGGCAAACAUUUAAAAGCCAUUAACUUUGGUAAAUUGAUACGAAUGCGAGAUAUUCCCGAAGAAGAAAGAAUGCGAUUUUGGUAUCAUUUGCAAAGAGAUUUUGUCACUUUAAAUAAUUCUUAAUAAAUAAUUACAUAUUUCUUUCAUCAAGUAUUAUUUUAAUUAAAAAAGGAUUAAUGGUAAAAAGAGUUAAAAUAAUA